UGGCAACAAUGACUAUUCCUGCUUAAUGGCUGCGGAAGACAUAGAUUCAGCACCAUAAUGCCGGUUUUAUAGUGCUUUUCUGGACCACACGAUACUUAUUACUCCAUCCAGCCGAACGCAAGGCGGCUGCCCGACAAGCCACUCAAUUGGUGUCAGUCUAGAACACAGUGAUGGGGACGAUCAGAACCAUUGCCCUGGCGGUUCUGGGUAUUUCCGGUUUCACCUUCGUUGCCCUUUUUGGCAAGCUUCCAGCUCUGCGGAGAACUCCCAUUGGCUUGUUUCAUAGAGUCAUUUGCAUACAUAUACCAAAUGGGAUUGCUCGUAUUGAUUCCCAACUGCUAGGGGGUCGAGUUGUGCACUGUUGGAGCAGAUCUGGGAACUAUAUACUCCAUGAGAACCAUCCCCUUGUUCUAAUUUUCUUCACGGCUCUUCUGGUGAUAGGGCAAUGCAUCUUUAUCCCAAAUGCAUGGUCCAGGGUUUCAGCCAUUCACAAGCUUUGCAUUCCCAUUGCUGUGGUCUUACCCUAUGCAUUCUUGUACGCCAGCGUCGUCACCAAAUCCUUUAUCACCUCGGAAAAUCAUGCAGAGGAGAUGGAACGAUAUCCUUACGACAAAGUCAUCUUUCAUCCGGGACAUCAUUGCGGCUCGUGCCAUCUGCUUAAACCGGCAAGAAGCAAGCAUUGCAAGUUCUGCAAGGCCUGCGUGGCACGACAUGACCACCACUGUGUAUGGCUAACUAAUUGUGUGGGUCUGAACAACUACCACUACUUUCUGUCGCUGAUUACGUCGCUUUCGGUGAUGUUAAUAUACGGCUCAUGCCUGGGCUAUGCCCUUCUAUGCCAGACUUAUGAGAAACUUCUGCCACCCGGUUCCCCGUGGCGGACGCCGGGUCAAAGUUGGACGGCUUUCAUCAAUGUAUGGACCGUGAUCAUCACUACGGACCUUAGCAUCGGAGCUAUCACCCUCUUAAUGGCCAUGACAGCUCCGCUGGCGGUCGCCUUUCUUGUCUACCACACGUAUCUGAUCUGGGCCGGCAUGACGACCAACGAGAGCGCCAAAUGGUCCGACUGGAAGGAGGAUGUGGCUGAUGGUAUGGUCUUCAAAUCAAACAAAGCGGAGAUCUACGGGACUUCCCCUUUGCUUGGUGAAUAUCAGAGUGUGCAUACUUCAUGGUCCGUCAGUAGCGAGCAGGUCUUGGUAUUCACAGACGGUGAAGCACCGAGGGAGGGAUGCAUCUUAUCACCCGACUCCAAUGAUAUUCGACAACCGCCCAAUUUUCAAACUGUGGCAGUUGACAUGCGAUGGGCGCCAGUGCGCAGCAUGAGAGAAGUCGACAAUAUAUAUGACCUGGGCUUUUGGAACAAUCUGCGUCAUGUCUUCAAUUUCCCUGCUAGGCGCAAGGCCCUCACACUUACUGUCAAAAUGGCAGACCGAAGUGCAACCGAACCGAAGCCAAAAUGCACACCCGCUGAGCUCAUGCUGAAGGUCGUCCUGACGGGAACUCUGAGCCACUAUGAGACUCGCGGGAUGAUUGACGAAACUCGUCUAGAGCAUUUGCUGCAGGCAGGGAAGUCGGUUUUGCUUAAGACUCACCAGGAGAGCGAUGUCAGACACAAUCUGGGCUUGUCGCCAGAUAUCUGGCAGGGCUUCACGGACGUAUUGACAAAGGCGAUCCCGGUCCUCGAAUCGCAAUCAUUCGCUUGGAAAUGCCCCCCGACCGCAAACUACGACCAUUCGUCCUCCAACCUCAUCGCGUUCAACUACUAUUCGCUCGCCAAGGACAUCGAGCGACUCAAUGACCUGUGUACCAUCGCUCGGAAUCUUCUCGCGACCACGAAAAAGGCUCAGAACAUGGCAGCCGAGAAAGGGUUCGACCAGAGGAUUUUGGCGCUGGUAGACACUUGUGUUCGGGUGACGGCGCGGGGAUUUGAUGGAGAAACCAACGCGAGGAAUGAGGACCGCUGGCAGAAGGUGGUCAAUCUUUACAAACGGCUGCUGAUUACGUGCCUUCAGUUCCUGCAUAAUUUCAUCAUGCACAAUGAACAGCGCAAGAUGGUGCUCUGGUUAGAUCUAUUCGGGUACCACUCCACCGGGGAUUCAAACAUCAUCCAACCCAGAGAGCCGCUUGAUCAAGCGUUGAGUCAGCCUGAAGGAGUCGCACCGAUUGUGAAAACCGGCGAGAGAAUAGUCAACCCCCCGAUCCGGGCACUGUACGACCAAACGGCCGAAGAUCUGCUUCUAGAGACCAUAUCCAAUUUCCCCCGGGAGCCUGCGACGAUCAAGGAAGAGGCGGCAAUGUUACUUCUCGCCAAUAUUAAGGACCACAUGGAAAAGCUGCUGGGACGCGACCUGACCGCCAUCCAGGAAAUGGGCAAAGACCCUGAGCAAGUCAAGGAGAUUCGCGCUGCUCUUACUGCCAUACUUGGAGCCAAGGUUGAUGGAUGGACCGAUCUUCAAGACCGUGCGAAAGACCUUCCCCCAGCCUUGCCCGAAGAUGAGCCGCCACGGAAGAAGGCCAUCCUCACGAUCGACCGCAGCCUCACGGCAGGAUUCCCCCGCAUCUGCUGGUCUGAUCUUCCGGAUCUCAGUGACUACGGUGCUUUAGCCUCGGGCGACGCGGCUAUUAUGGAUGAAGACACAAGCAUGCCGCGAUCUGCUCAGUCUGCCGCUGAGACUCUCCAAGAGGCCAAAGACGAGCUGAUGGCACGUCUGCAGGAGUCAUCGCAGCUCGGUGACGGCGCCGAUGGAGAUUAUGACACUGGCGAUGCAGGAACGGUCGGUGAUGAUGAUUCUCGCAGCCUGGAAGCUGUGGCCGACGGGAGUAUGGAGGAAGAGGAGGAGGAUGACGAGGAUGACGAUGAUGACUACCGGGGUCGUCCAGGCGACCAACAACGUGGCUUGCUGACAGAUAUUCCAUUGGUUCUCGGGCCGGCAGAGAUAGAGGCUCUUCCGAUGAUCAUCCAAGCCGGUAUUGUCGACAGCUUUGGUCUCAAGGGCGGAGAGAGGUCGGCCACGAGGAACAUGCAGUCUCUCCGCUGCCACAUCUUGCUCACCCAGGAAACCGGCCGAAACCUCCUUCGGGAACUUCUGAUCUUCAUCGCCGCAUGGGACCUGCCUGACGAUGAGCUCUACUUCAAGAUGAUGGUGCAAGUCAUGGAUGCCGUGCUGCGAAACGGCCUGAUGUCUCAUGCCUACUCCGACUUUGGCCAGCCCAAGGACAUCAUUUCGCCAGCGCAGGCCGUUGUCGUGAAGAUUCUCACUCACAUCUUCCGAGCCAAAUACUCUCCUGCCUCUGUCACCGGGUCAACACAAGCCAAUACGACCAAGAGCCCGGCUCCGCUCUCAAGGGUCGACAUUCUGACCGUGCGCUACAUCUUCACCAUCUUCCGCGGCAAUAUCAUUCCCGAGACCUGCGCCCUGAUCUACCUCCAAGGCCAAAUCCGGGCCGGAAGGGCUCUACCCGAGGACUUCCCGCUGAACCUGUGGGACAUGGAACGUGUCUACGAGGGUGUGUAUCAAUUCCUGGAGUUCUUCGCCGUCCUCACCGAAAACAACGACUGGAAAAACCUGCUGGUCAAGUGGGAGAUUGUCUACGAUCUGGUCACCUUGAUCAAAGAGCUCGAGGCCAGCAUUCCUAAGGGACAACUGAGUGCACUGCCGUUUGGACGCAGCAGCAGUCCGUCCAAGGACUCCCAGCAGGGUGCAGCCCCUGGACCGGUCGCAGUGGAACGGCCCUACGAUCCCAGCGAUCCUGAUCCGGUCGACGCCGGCCCCGGAUCACGAGCCGAGUCACCUCCUAUCACCGAGGACCCAUCUGAAUUCGAGUGGCGCAAUCUCAAGAAGCUGGUGGUCCUCGUUCUCUCGUCUUUGGUUUGGAAGUGCCCCGAGGUGCAGGACCAGAUCCGUCGACAUGGCGGUGUCGAGGCCGUGCUGUCUUGCACCAACUUCGAUGCGCAUAACCCGUACAUCAAGGAGCAUGCCGUCAUGUGUCUGAAGUUCCUGCUGGAGGGUAACCGCGAGAACCAGCGGCUUGUGGAGGAGCUGGAAGCUCGCGAGGUUGUAAAGGAUGAUGGGGGACUGUUGGAGAAGAGCGGAUUCGAAGCUGUGAUUGACAAGACGGGCAAGUUGGCCAUCAGACCGAAAGACGGUCCGGCCGAGAAGAAGUGAUCGGACUUGACUGGGUCGUCGACAAAAAAUAAUGCCGUAUGUAUGUAUGUCACUAUACGUACCUGUUUUUCU